AUGAUCAAUAACUUAAAAUUAUUUAUUAUAGCAUUAAUCAUUAGUUUCAUUUAUAAAUUUUUCGUCAAUAAUAAUAAUAAUAAUAAUAAUAAUAAUAAUAAUAACAUGUCAUCAAUUGAUUUUGUAACAUUAGCUAAAGAACAAAUUUAUCCAAAUUGGGUACAUACUCCACAAGAAGUUAAAGAUAUAGCUAAAGAAAUUGCAAGUGAAGAAACUCAAUUAUUCGAUCAAAUUGCAAAACAAAUUAAUAAUCCAACUAUCGAAAAUGUUAUAAAACCAUUUGCUAAACAAUCAAAUGAAAAUAGUUUUACUGAAAAUCAAAUUACAUUUUAUCAACAUGUUUCUAAUAAUAAAGAUUUAAGAGACGCUUCUACCGAAGCUGAAGAAUUGAUCGAAAAAAACUCAAUUGAACAAUGGUCAAGAUUGGAUGUUUUCAAAGUUUUUGAAAAAUUAAACGAAUCAGUUGAGAAUGACUCAAAUAUUGAUUUUGAAACAAAACGUUAUUUGAAAAAAAUCUUAAUUGCAUUUAAAAGAAAUGGGUUAGCAUUACCUGAAGAACAAAGAGAAAAAGUUAAAAAGCUUCAAGUUGAACUAAGUAAUUUAAAAGUACAAUUUGCUAAAAAUUUAGGAGAAGAUAAAGGAUCAAUUAAUUUUACAGAAAAAGAAUUAGAAGGUAUUCCAAAAGAUAUCAUUAGUCAGUAUGAAAAAAUUGAAGAUAAUGGUGUAUCAAAAUUAAAAGUCACUUUCAAAUAUCCAGAUAUUAUUCCACUUUUCAAACAUGCAUCUAAUUCGGAAACUAGAAAAGCAGCCAAUAUUGCUUAUGGUAAUAGAGUUUCAGAAAAUGAUGAAAUUUUAACCAAAAUUAUUAAAAUCAGAUAUGAAAUUGCCAAAGAAUUAGGAUAUGAGACUUUUUCCGAUUAUGUUUUAGAGGAAAGAAUGGCCAAAAAGAAAGAAGUUGUACUAGAUUUUUUAAGUGAUUUAAGAACAAAAUUAGAACCAGUGGGUGAAAAUGAUUUAAAAGAAUUGAAAGAAUUGAAAAGACAAGACCUUAAAAAAAGAAAUUUUAAAGAAGACGACGGUUUCUGCGCUUGGGAUUCCAACUACUAUAAUGAAAAAUUAUUAGAAGAAAAAUAUCAAGUUGAUAAUACUAAAAUUGCAGAAUACUUUCCAUUACAAUCAACUAUAAAUAAAAUGUUGGGAUUUUAUGAAAAGAUAUUUGACAUUAAAUUUGUUAAAUUAGAACCAGAAUCUAAUAAAAUUUGGCACGAGGAUGUUCAACAGUAUUCAAUUUUUCAAGGUGUUAGUUCUGGUAAGUUAGAACAUAUGGGAGCUAUUUAUUUUGAUUUACACCCUAGAGAAGGUAAAUAUGGCCAUGCAGCUAAUUUUGGUUUAGGUCCAGGAUAUGAGGAAACUAAUGGUGAUCGUCAUACUCCAGUAACUGCUUUGGUUUGUAAUUUUACAAAGCCAACUAAAGAAAAACCAUCAUUAUUAAAACAUGAUGAAGUUGUUACAUUUUUCCACGAAUUAGGUCAUGGUAUUCAUAAUAUUUUAUCACAAACUAAAUACGCAAGAUUUCAUGGAACUGCAGUUGAACGUGAUUUUGUUGAAACUCCUUCUCAAAUGUUAGAAUAUUGGUGUUGGUCUAAAAAUGAACUUAGAGAAUUAUCAUCACAUUACAAGACUGGUGAACCAAUAAAUGAUGAAUUAAUUGAUCAAUUAAUUAAAACUAAACAUGUCAAUACUGGUAUAUUCUAUUUACGUCAAUUAUUUUUCGGUAUAUUUGAUAUGAGUUUACAUACAAUUAAAAGUAAAGAAGAAUUAGACGAAUUGGAUUUGUUUAAAUCAUGGAAUAAGUUAAGAGAGGAAAUUACUUUAUUACCAAGUGAUAAUAAUCCUACAAAAGGUUAUGCAUCAUUUGGUCAUAUUGCUGGUGGUUACGAAAGUGGUUAUUAUGGUUAUUUAUACUCAUUGGUUUAUGCUGCUGAUAUUUAUCAUACUUUAUUUAAGGAGGAUCCAAUGAAUACUGAUAAUGGUAUAAGAUAUAGAGACAUCAUUUUAAAAAGAGGUGGAUCAAAAGAAAUUAUGGAUAAUUUAGAAGAAUUAUUAGGUAGAAAACCAAAUUCUGAUGCUUUCUUGAAUGAAAUAUUUGGUUAG